UAACUAAAUGUUUAUUUAAAAAAAAACAGUCUUCAGGCUGCAGUGCAAUUAAUUCUAUCAUAAUUAAAUUCAAAUCAAUAAAAAUAUCCAUUAAUCAAGGCAACAGAUAUAUAAGCAUGAAAAAUUAAACCAUUCCUGUGCUCAAGGAGCUUACAAUCCAAUGGUCCAGUAAUACAAAUAUGAUAUGUACAUGGUGCCAAUGUAGAAAGAGAAGAGAUGAAGGCUAAGGCCAAACCUUGCACUUAGAGGUUAAGAGGAAGUAGAUCAUAAAUAUCUAAAAAAAAAUAAGCCUCAUGUUGCUCACUGAUGGCUAGAAAGGAACCCUGAGACAAACUGUGAAUGUAUUUGGAUUUCUUAAAGUAGUCAGAAGCUUCAGAAGAAGGAUUGUGUUGUAAAUUAAUAUCAGAAGGUAGACAAAGAAGGCCAAAACAAAGGCAAGUGUGGGAAAGCAUUCUCAGAGAAGAGAACAAUUUUCUUCUAGCACUACUGCUGAGGGUGGGAAAGGCAGUGAUAGCAAAGGAAACACAUGAGACAAUGGAAAGCAUUUUCUGAACAAAGACUUAGUCAAGAGUCAUAUGUUAUCAGGUUCAGGGAACAGUCUCUGAUGGGGAUCAAUCACAUUUUGAAACCUUGGCUCUGUUUUGUGUGAUACUGGGCACAUCACUUCACCUUUCUAAGAUUCAGCUUCCUUUUCUCUAAAAUGCUGGUGGUAGAAGAACACAAGAUGAUCUCCACAAUCCUUUAAAUGCUUUGGGGGGAAAAGAGAAGGCGCAUGGCAAAAAGCAGUGAUGUUGGAAGGUUUGUGAUCAUAAGCGAGAAAGCAAUACAGAAAUCUUCAAAGGUAAAGAAUGUGACCUCAUGUGAGAAACAACCUUGUGGAAGAGCACAAGAGGCCAAUAAUUGUACCAUAAGGAGUUGAGAAAAGAAAAACCCACGAUUAUUGAAAUUUUCUAAUUCAGACUCACAGAAGCAUGGACAGUUCCCAGAUGGGAAAGGGUUGAAACAAGACUAGGCAAUGAAAUACUCUAGUGGUUUCAAAGUAAAUGUUUAUAAAUGAAACUAGCAGAAGUGGUCAAACACACACACACACACACACACACACACACAUAUCCCAACAUAAGUGCACUUUUUAAUCACAGACCUCAGUAGGGAAACUGGGGGAAACCAAUGUCUUUGUUGGAAAAUGAGACCCAUGAAGCCUGAAGGAAAUACUUGGAAAAGCAGUGGGUGAAAAUAAACUUUGCAUAUUUCAGAAACUGGGGGACCAAAAGGGCUUUAUUGAUUCAAACUCUGUCAGUAAACCUUAGGGGAGAAAAAAAGCACAAUUUAUUAUAUACAGAAACUGAUUUUCUCUAAUAUCUCAACACCUUACAUGCAUUGUCAGUGUACAUGAUGACCUCCUGGGGGAAAAGGCAAAAACAGGAAGCAGUCAACAAAGAGUCAACCAAGAACUAGCUGAGAGUUUGGAGAAGAUACCAAGUGGUCUUUAAUGGAAAAAAUGUUGAGAAUUCCUUGGAUAUUGCACUGAAUUUGGACCCAAGAAUUAUUUCUGGGAUGGAUGCUUCAGCUCAAGGAGGGAAGGAGAGAAAGUUCCGUUAUCAUGUCAAAGCACCAACUGAAGACAAAUUUGAUAGUAUGAAUCUUAAUGUUAAAAUUGACACUUCCUGGGUUUUCCAGGAUGUUGAUGAUACUGGUGAUACAUACGAUGGUAUUUCUGAAGAAGAAGCAAAGAGCAGUGAAGAGGAUGCUGGAAAUCUUAGAAAACAGCUAGAAACAUCAGAGCAAAUGCUGAGAACAGCUGUUGAGAAGCAUGUGAAGUCAGAAUCACGGCUUAGAAACAGGAUUGAAAAGUUGGAGCAAUCAGAGCAGAAGCUUCUUCAAAGGGUCGGCCAGCUUAAUGCCCAAAUGUAUCAGGAAGAAAAUGUCUAUCUUCAAGCUAAAGAGAAACUUGAGGAGAUUCAGGAAGAACUGACAGAUCUGGUAGAAGAUACCGAAAGAGCUCGGAGAGCACAAAGAGAAAAACUUCGGCAGUUUCAGGACCAGCUUCACAGGAAAGAUGAAGAACUGCAGAGCCUGCUUUCAUCCUUUGAGCAUUAUAAGCAAGACCAAAGGCAGCACAUGGCCGCGGUAAGGCAGCAGGAAGGCUUUCUUAAGGGCCAGGUGCUUCGACUGGAGGAGGAAGCCCAACACCUCCGGGCAGCCACGGUUUCCCUGAUGGCUGAGCUUGAGGCAGGGGGGAGCCGAGGCUUAGAUUCCCAGUUAGAGAUCCCAUUGGGAAAGAGUGGAUUGGAGCCUUUGUGCAUUGGGGAAGACCUGGCUGAGCUGCGGGCCUUCUUAGAAGCAGGUGAGCUUCAGGCUCGCAGACACCUGGCUGCCCUGCAGCAGAGCCUAACGGCACUGCUUGCUAAAGAAGAGAGCAAUAACCAAGAGAAGGAGGAGAUCCUGCGCCAACUCCAGGAGCACCGAGAUACAGUGCUCCACCUCCUGCUGAGCAAGCUGGAGGAUUUCCGAGGUCUUCGGCCAGAGCUGCCGAGGGAAGAGCUCAAAGAGCAAACUACCAGCCUGCCAGAUGAGCCAGGAGCCAAGGUAACAAGUGAGAUCGAACAUGGCAACCCUCCCAAGGAUGGCGCCAAACUGGAAACUCAAGACUUGAAUAAGACCAAAGACUUUGAAGUUCUGUUCCCUUCAGCAUCACAGACACAGAGCAAGCCUUCAUUUAUUCAGGAUGAAUUACUACCCCUCAAGUGGGAGGCGGCCCUUGAUCCCAGUAGAAACAAAGCCUGUCAAACAUCAUUUGUCACUGAAAAUGCUGAGGGACCUUAUGCUGUUGCAGGGCUGCUGGCUGAGCAAGACUGUGACUGGGGAUCAUUCAGAAGCAUGAAAGAAUCACUAGCUUGUGCCCACCCUGAUAACUUGGAUGAACUCCUUGAAGAAGUCAAGAUAUCUGACAGUGAACAGGGUUGUGCUGGUAUGCCCACCUCAGAUCCACAGACAGUCCUGUUCUUUUUUUGUGGACCUUCCUCAGGCCAGUUUAAUGAUGAUCAUCUCUUCCCUUUUGACCAACUCAGCUUUUCAAGAACAACCUCAGAGCCACAAAAUAAAGAGUCAUUUCCUUUCUUGGAGAAGUCCAUGAUCCCUUUGCUAAUGCCCAUGGUUGUCCCACCUGCUCCUGGAAGUCUUACUGUUCUAGAAGACUCUUUCCAAGAAGAACUUCCUCAGAGCCAUGUGACUCAUGGGUGCCAAUGUGUGCAUGUCCCCCAAGUCCCAAAGGAGCUAAGUUGUCAUCCUAAUGAGACUCAGAACAGUGUUGAUAAUCCACAACCUCUUUUGAGAAAUGGUAUUUCCAGAAAAGACACAGGAAUAUCUGAGGAGACUCUUGACCUAAGAGUAGAAGCUAUAGAAUUUGAAUUAGAAAAAAGGCAAGAAACAUGGUUAAAAAGCCAAGAUAUAUUUCCACAAAAUGGAACAAACAAAAAGGAAAACUUGAAGUGGGACUUUAAUCAUGCAAACUUUCUAGCUAAUGGGGCAAAAUGCCCAAAAUAUGUGGAAGAAGAGAAAGAAAAAAAACAAUCCCACAAAACUAGUUGCUGUCCUGAGCAAAAGCAGAAAAUUCAAAUUUCAACAGCACAGAAUGAGUCAGAGACUCAAGGGGAGGGACUGAAUUUCCUGGAAGAAGAUAUGAAAGGAAAUUCAAAUGUUUGGGCUCUCCAAAAGCAAACACAGGAAAAGAGCCAAGAAGGACCAGAGGAGUAUGGGAAUCUCACAGUAGCUGGAAGGAACCAAGGAUAUUUGCCAAAGGAUUCCAAAGUACUUGAAGAGAAAGUAACAGAAUUUAGGGAAAAAUCUAACCCAAAUGAACAAAAACAAAUAGGGUUCCAAAAUAUUGAUCCUUGGAAAGAAAAAGACAAGUUUUUUGAAGAGGAAAAGAAGAAAGGAAUAUCUCAUCAAGAAAUAGCAGAUCUAGAGAAUGAUAGUUGUGGCCCAUGUAUCCAGAAAAGAUCUGCUUUUGAAAAGGAAAAGAGCAAGUUUUUCUCAGAACAGAGAUGCUAUCAAUUCAGCACAAAAUCAUCAUUGCAAGAUGAAGCUUGUGAGAAUGAAAUUUUGGCUACAGAUAUUGCAAACCACAGAUAUUUUCUUAAAAUUAAUGAACUAGAGAAGGAGUUAGAAAAGCAUUGCCAGGAAAUUUUUGCCUUGGAGGAAGAUAAUGAGAGUUAUGGACAGACAAUGAAGCAGUUAGAAGAAGAGAACUUGAGGUACUACCAACAGUUGCGAUCCUUAGACAAGGAGGUGAGCACUGGUACUCAUAUAGCCUCAGCAAAUGCAGAUGGUGGAAGCGAUGUUGAUUCUUCAGAAAUAUUAGAAGGAAGGGAUGAGAAAGAUGUCGAAAGUGUGAAAUUUAAAAAGGGCAGGGACAUUAGGACAAUAUGUGCUCCAGAUAGGGAAAAGGAAACUCAUUCUAAGAAAUUGCUUGAUUUGAAUGAAGUGAUUCUAAAUUCUCAAUUGGCCAUUUGGGCAGCUGAUUUGAAAAGAUUUUCACAAAAACCUGAAGCACGAGAAAGCAUGAAGAAUAGGUUUUUUGAACUAAUUUUUGAUAUACGGAAAGAACAAAACCAAGUUUUCCUUGAAAUAACCAAAUUACACAGGGCUCAAGAAAUAUGCAAUAAUAAAACAUAUGCUUUAAAAGAAGAAAAAGAGAGAAAUCUGAAAAGGAUAGCUGAGCUUGAAAAAGAUAAGGUCAAUUUGCUAGAAAACUUAAGUCAGCUAAGAAGUGAACUAGACCAAUAUUUGCAAUUAAUUUCAGACCUUGAAUACUGCAAUGAGAAAAGCUAUGAUAAAAUUUCUGACCUGGAGGAAGAAAAUAUGGCACUAAAGAAGAGGGUGGACAAUAUCCAGAAAUCAAUGGCAGAGAACAUUAGGGAAGCACAGAAAGUGACUUUGCAGGUUACACAAGAAAACCAGGAGCUCAAGGCCUUGAUAGCUGACCUUGGCAUUGGUUACAAAGAUCUAAUCAAAGAUCUAGUGCCAGGAAUACAAGACAUGAUGCAAAGCCUGAUGGAAGAAAAUGAACAGCUUCUCCAGAAGAUACAUGUUAUGGAAGGGAAGGCCACAUGGAAAACAAAGGAUGUUGAAAAAAUAACCAAGGAGAACGAGCAACUAAAAGAACAAAUCCAGAAGUUUUUGGACAAAGCAAACAUGGUAGACCAAGGAAUUCAGGUAACUGAACCCUUGGGCCGACCAACAAGAGAUGAAGGAUCGCUUUUGGAGGAAGCAUAUGUUUUUGCUAAAGGACAAAAACAACACCCCAUUUUCAGUGAAAUGUAUAACCUCCGUAUGGACUAUAAAAGACUGAAUCCAUUCUUCUUGAAGGAGAACCUGGAAGUUUCCACUGUCACUCAAGGUCCCUCUAAUGGGUGGGAAAAGAAAAGGAUCAAUUUUGAAAAAAAGAAAAAGAGGAAGAGUUUGCCUGAAUUCCACAAUCAAGCCUAUGAAUCACUAGCCAGUUCUGCCCAGCUCCAAGACAUUGAGGACACCACACUAGAAGGAGAAUCUGAGACCAGCAGUAAGCUUCUACACCAGCAGGUAUUAACCCUGAGAUCCCAGCUCAGAGAUCAGGCUGCCUUACACAAUGAACUUCAGGCAUCUCACAGUGAAACUCGGUACCUUCAGGGCCAGCUGAGAGAAAAGAUUGAAGAGCUCAGAAGGAGAAAAAAUGAAGUGAACUUGGCUGUGAUACCUCUCAAGGUGAAAGUGGCUUCUCUGAUCCAGAAAUGUCGGGAGAGAAACAACUUGGUCACCCAGCUGGUGCAGGAGCUGCACAGACAUGGAAUUGAGAACCUGCAGCUCUCACAGGCAGCAAGGGCUUUUGUGGAUGAUGUUGCUGUGGCCACCUAUGCUUCUACCUUCACAUCUUCUGACCCCAGAGAGGCAUGUUACCAAUCAGACACGAAGUCUGAAAAUACUGUCUUUGGAAGAGAUCAACCCUGUCUCCUGAGCCCAGAUAAGGCCAAUCACCUCAGUGGAUAUUUCAGUUCUAACACCUCUCCUGCUGCUGACUCUGACCCAUCACUUAGGAAAACUCACACUGGGUCUCCAAAUACUCUGGCUGCCCCUUCUGAGUCAGCCCUCAGCAGUUCCAACACACAGCCUAGUCUGAUGGAGCCAUGCCAGCCCACAGGGUCCUGUCUCCCAGAGCCUUUAGCUGGUAGCUCUUUCGAAGAACACCAACAGCAAGAACGAGGAUGCAAAUGGAGUGACCCAUCAUGUAGUCAGACAGAAAAUCAGCAUUCAGGGAUGGAGCACUGGGGCAGCAGCCCCAGAAAUACCAUUAUGAAUAACACAUGGACCUCUGGAGACCAGCCAGAUGGCUCAACCUCUAUGACUACAGCAAAAAGCUAUUUGUCAAAUGGGUUGUCAGCAAGUAAUAAAGGUCUAACUCCUUUGGGAAAAGACUCAGACAUGCUGGAGAGAGCGCGAUCCCUGGCUAUAAAACAAGAGGCUCCUGAUCCAGUAGGCUCUUUGUGCAUCAUUAAAACAGUUGGCCAGAGGUGUUUGAUGAUUGGCUGGGAAAGACCACUGGUGGAUGAGUUGGGCCGUAGCAAUGGAACUUUUGUUGCAGGAUAUCAGAUCUAUAUUGAUGGAGAGUUUCAUAAGUACCUUGUGAGUUCAGCUUGUACUAAGACCCUGCUGGAGAACCUCGACCUCUCAGUUCCCUUUAGCAUCAGUGUACAGACUGUGGGGACUGGUGGUUUAGUUUCAGAGAAGGUGCACAUUGAAUUUAAUCACCACGCAAACAAAGGCACUUCAUCAUCUGGAUGCAGAAUCUCCCCUGAUGAGCAAGCCUGGGGUAGCAGCUCUCCUGAGGUGAGUGGAAGUCAAAGUGCAGCCCUACCAGCUUCCUGCAAAGAUGCUAACAUUGAAGGACCAAAGAAGACAGGAAAAAACAGAAGGAAGAUGGCACAUAAACCAAGCACAUCACCUUAGAAAUAUUGGCAUCUCUCCCAGCAGAGUCUGCUGCAACAAUGAGAAGAGGUUGGAGGAAGACCAGUGAUUUACAUUCUUCUCCAAAGGGCUUAGCUGCAAAUCAGCUAAGUUUCCAUGUCCACAGCCUUUUAUGUUUCAAUGCAUUUUCAGGAAACUAUGAGUUUUCACACAAUUCCAACCAAAGAAACAAGAUGGUUCAUGCUGAAUUUUUUUUCUUCCUUCUUUUCUUCCUUCUUCAAUCACAUUGGUAAAGGUAGUAUGAUGGAAAGAGAACUAGAAUCCCUACCUCUGACAUUUGACAACUGUUAUCAUGGACAAUAUGGAGCCCCUUGGAAGAUCUAGAUUUGAAUCCUGAAUCUACCCUUAAUUAGCUUGAUGACUCUGGGCAAAUAAUUUCAUCUCUGUGGGUCUCAGUUUCUUUAUAAGUAAAAUGUGGUCAUUGGACUAGAUGACUUCUAAAGUCCUUUCCAGACCUCAAACACUCUAUUAUAUAUUGUAGGGGUUCUUCUAACUCUUACAUUCUAUGUUCUUUAGUCUAAAUCAGUAAAUGAACAUUUAUUAAGUACCUAUUAUUUAUCAGGCAUUGUAAUAUGCCCAAGAUAUACAAAGAAAGGCAAAAAUGUUCCCCGUGCUCAAAGAACAUACAUUUAAAUGGGGCAGGGGGAUGUAAGUAACUAGGUACAUACAAGAUAUAUAAAGACUAGAUAAAAGGAAAAGAGAAAGUGCUUGCAUGUUGGUGAACUAACACAACUUCCUACAGAAGGUAUGGCGAACUGUGUGGAAGUGAUGUUUUGUUUUGUUUUUUCGGGGCAAUGAGGGUUAAGUGACUUUCCCAGAGUCGCACAUCUAGUAAAGUGUCAGGUGUCUGAGGCCAGAUUUGAACUCAGAACCUCCUGAAUCCAGGGCCUGUGCUUUAUCCACUGUGCCACCUAGCUGCCCCGGAAGUGAUGGGUUUUAAGCAUGCUGCUUGCAGUAUGAUAUCGACUAUAUAAUCUAUCAAAUUACAGUAUUUUAUUAUAAGGUCUUACAAUGAGCUGAACUCAUUACCAGGUAUUAUAUCCAACCUUUACAAAGAACUUAAUUGUUUGAAUUACUAACAAGUGAAAUUUAGUUGACAGAGAGAAUACUGUGGGGUGCCAAGGCUGGAUCCAGGCUUAGUUGAGAAUUGGGAUGAAAAGUGGGGAAAAAUCAACUAUUCAGGUAUUUCUAAAUAUGUUGGACUUUUAGUUCAAUUAAAUAAAAUAAAAUAUCCAAACAGAUUACCAUAAUUUUCGGUUUCUAUCCCAGACAGUGUGGCAUAGUGGAUAUAGUGCUGGCUUUGAGUCAGGAAGAUUUAGAAUUGAAUCUUGUUCCCAAAUUUUACUACCUGUAUGUUCAUAAACAAAUCAUCUAAAUUUUCUGAGCCUCAGUUUCUUCAUCUACAAAAAGAAUAUGUCUAUAAUACUAUCUCAAAAGGUUGUAUGAUGUUCAAAUAUGAUAAUGUAUUUAAAUGCUUUGCAAAACUUAAAAUGCUAUAUAAAUAUCAGUCAUUUUUAUUAUCAUCUCACCAUGUGAUGUUUUUAUAGAUUCAGUAUUACCUUGAUGCAGUCAUCUUCUAUAGGUAUUCUCUACUUUGAAAAACAAUGUGGGGGUCAGCUAGGUGGUACAGUGGAUAAAGCACCAGCCCUGGAUUCAGGAGGACCUGAGUUCAAAUUUGGCCUCAGACACUUGACACUU